AUGCCUAAUAGGAAUGUUAUUGAAGCAGAGGAAAACCCGUGGAAGAAAAAGCCUUACAUUAUGUUGGAUUUCAAGGAUGAAGAUAUGGUACUUGCUGAGGAUGGUAAAGCCGUAAAAAUGAAGGAAGAUGCUGAGAUUUUCAAUGCUAAUAGGUUGAGAAAUUCCUUAGUAAUUAAGGUGUUUGGUAAGGAAUUAUCGUCACACAUUGUUGCCUGGGAAGUAAGAAGGCAAUGGAAACCAUUUGGGAACUUUCAUUUCACAACUCUUGGCAAGGGUUGGUUUUUGUUUUCCUUUGAUUCAACAGACAUAAUGGAAGGUAUUCUGUCAGGAGGCCCUUGGUUCGUUAAUGGACAUAUAGUGGGAAUAGAAAGAUGGACGGUGGAAUUUUCUACUCUAUCUCUUAAGGGUCUAACCUCACCUAUCUGGAUUAGAAUGCCUCACUUACCCUUACAAUGCUGGGAUGAAGUCAAUGUGGCUAGAAUUGCUUCAUCGGUUGGAAAACCUAUAAUGAUGGUUGGAAAUAUGUUUCAGUGGAGUAAAAGGGAAUUUUCCAUAAUUUCUAUGAGGGUCAAGUUGGAUCAACAGCUUCCCUUAGGAGUUUGGGUGGAGAGUAUCUCAGGAAGGUUUUUUCAGAAGUUUGAGUAUAAGAAAAUCUCAACAUUCUGCUAUAACUGUGGAUUGAUAGGGCAUGUGAAAUCAGAUUUAAAAAAUAGGAUGAAUGAUACUAUGGAAAGGAUUGCUGAAGUUGGGAAGCGAAGACCUAUUUUAGAAACAAAGAAAUCUAUAAGUAUGGACACUGAAUCAUCUUAUGGACCAUGGAUCAUGGUUAAGAGGAAUAAUAGAAGACCUGAGAGGUUGAAUGAAAAUCCUAAGAUUGUUAAAAAAUAA